CCUGCCUGUCCCUCCCCCAAAGGGCCACUCGGAGGGCCCCCCGAGAUGAUGCAGCCGGCGCCUCCGCCGCAGGACGAGUCGAGUUCGCCUCUCUCGCCGGCCGCCGAGGACAGCCUGAGCAACAGCGAGGAGGAGCCCGAUCGCCAGCAGCUCCAGCAGCUCCAGGGCAAGCGAGGCGGGCGCAAGCGGAGGUCCAGCCGCAGGAGCCUCGUCGGGGCCGCGGCGGCAGCAGCAGCGGCAGCGGCAGCAGGAAGCAGCGGGGGCAGCGCGGGUCCCGGCGCGGGGAUCGCCCCCUCGGAGGAGCCUUGCAGCCCGGCCCAAGGCAAGCGGGGCAAGAAGUGCGGAGGAGGAGGAGGCAGCGGGGGCGGGGGCAGCAGCAGCGGCGGGGGCAGCCCUCAGUCGUACGAGGAGCUCCAGACGCAGCGGGUGAUGGCCAACGUGCGCGAGCGGCAGCGGACCCAGUCGCUGAACGAGGCCUUCGCGGCGCUGCGCAAGAUCAUCCCGACGCUGCCCUCGGACAAGCUGAGCAAGAUCCAGACGCUGAAGCUGGCCGCCCGCUACAUCGACUUCCUCUACCAGGUGCUGCAGAGCGACGAGCUGGACUCCAAGAUGGCCAGCUGCUCCUACGUGGCCCACGAGCGCCUCAGCUACGCCUUCUCCGUCUGGCGCAUGGAGGGCGCCUGGUCCAUGUCCGCCUCCCACUGAGAAGGAGAAGGAGAAGGAGAAGA